GUCUGGCUCUACACAGGGGGCGGGACACUAAAGAAGCGCUUGUGCAGCUACAUUACGUACCACAAGACUGGACUAAUGCGCCCUUUCGGAUUGACUAAUUUUGGUUUUAUACCAAGGAAAAGUUUUUCACGGGGCAGAAUUCCUUAAACCAUCGCCUUCAUCUGGCUCGGAACAUUUGGCCACCACAUCAUUUUUGCCCCUCCCUCCUCCUCCUUCUCCUUCUGCUACCAGUGCUCAGAGUGAACGUGGAUAUGCCACAUCAGUAAUGGAGCCCAUGACGGUUACUACGUCGUUGGCAGGACCAGAUGAGUUCGAUCGCAAUGCCCCACGGAUCUGUGGGGUUUGUGGUGACAAGGCCACUGGCUUCCACUUCAACGCUAUGACCUGUGAGGGUUGUAAGGGCUUCUUCAGGCGGAGUAUGAAGCGUAAAGCUGCCUUCACCUGCCCGUUCAACGGAAGUUGCACCAUCACCAAAGACAACCGACGUCACUGCCAGGCCUGCCGACUCAAGCGGUGCAUUGACAUUGGCAUGAUGAAAGAAUUCAUCCUGACUGAUGAAGAGGUCCAGAGGAAGAAGGAAAUGAUACUGAAAAGGAAGGAGGAGGAGGCUGCCAAGGAAGCUUCUAGGCCUCGACUCAAUGAAGAGCAGUCACAGAUCAUCUCAUCCUUGGUGGAGGCUCACCACAAGACUUAUGAUGCCUCAUAUACAGACUUCUCACGCUUUAGGCCCCCAGUGCGUGAAGGUCCAGUAACACGCAGUGCCAGCAGAGCCGCCUCCCUUCACUCUUUGUCCGAUGCGUCCUCCGACUCCUUCAAUCACUCGCCUGCAGAGUCGCUGGACAACAAAAUGAACUUCAGCAACCUGAUAAUGAUGUACCAGGAUGGUGCGAGCAGUCCAGACUCCAGCGAGGAGGACACCAAGUUCUCCAUGUUGCCACAUUUGGCUGACUUGGUAUCAUACAGUAUCCAGAAGGUCAUAGGUUUUGCCAAGAUGAUCCCAGGCUUCAGAGAACUGACAGCAGAAGAUCAGAUUGCUCUGCUGAAGUCGAGUGCCAUUGAGAUAAUCAUGCUGCGCUCCAAUCAGUCAUUCAAUCUUGAAGAUAUGUCCUGGAGCUGUGGAGGACCUGACUUCAAAUACUGCAUCAAUGAUGUCACCAAGGCGGGUCACACUCUAGAGCUGUUGGAGCCAUUGGUCAAGUUCCAGGUUGGCCUGAAGAAGCUCAAUCUACAUGAGGAGGAGCAUGUCCUGCUCAUGGCCAUCUGCCUGCUCUCCCCAGAUCGUCCCGGCGUGCAGGACCACAGCCGCAUCGAGCAGCUUCAGGACCACAUGUCUGAGACGCUUCAGGCCUACAUCCGUGUGAACCACCCUGGCGGACGCCUUCUUUAUGCUAAGAUGAUCCAGAAGCUGGCCGACUUGCGCAGCCUGAACGAGGAGCACUCCAAGCAGUACCGUUCUCUCUCCUUCCAGCCAGAGCACAGCAUGCAGCUCACUCCACUGGUGCUGGAAGUUUUUGGUGGUGAGGUUUCAUAGCAGAGAUACACCUAUCGCCUUGAUCAAUCCUCCCUCCCCAUCACUGCUGGAAAACCCCUGCCUUUGACUGGUAAUGACGUGGGGCGAUUAUUCAUCGUGCGCCAAAUUCCUCACCUAUCCGUAGGCUGGGAAGAUGCAUGAAGCUCAGAAUUCACAGAAGCUCUGUAUACCUGCAGCACUCUGAUAAUCACAUUGCAUCUUCUAAAGUCCACACUUCCCUAUAACAUUUGUUAACUAAACGCCUCGGACGGACGGAUGCCUCCAUCAUCCCCAUUGCAAUGUCCGCCGUCCACAUACCCAACUGGAAAAUAAUAACCAGGCUUGUAUCCAUCUAUGAGGAUUACACAAGUCAAGACGUAUGAACAACAGCAAUGUUAUAGAAAUACUGUCUGGUUACAGAGUUAUGCGGAUCUGUGCUCGGAUCUGUGCUCGGAUGAAGAGGAAAAAGCCUUUCAGAAUUUGAGGAAAUGGAGCUGUGGGGAAAAAAAGGUUGGCUGCUCGGUGAGCCCCACUUAGAAUUCCUUGCUGUCCAAUCAAAAGGGAAUUUUCGCAGGAAUGUAUAAUGCUCUAUAAAUAAUGUAUAAGCUGAACUAUAUAGAAAAACAAAAAUAUUGUAUAUAUAUUUAAGAUGGUAGGUUGCUGCAGAGGAAGCCCAUUGUUGAUCUUGUGUAAUUUAGAGCAGGCUUUCCCAAACUUGGUCAGCGAGAUUCCUCCAAGGGACCCAAACCUUUUGAACUACAUUGACAUACAGUGCACCUUUAGAGAUAUACAGUACUUUAGAGCUGCAGCUAUCAAAUAUUUUAGUAGUCGAUUAAUCGAUGGACUAGUUAGUUCGAAUAAUCGAGUAAUCUGAUAAGGAACAUGAAAAAUUUAAAUACCUGAGCUGAGCUUCAAACAAUAUAUAUAUAUAUUUUUUAAAUGAUCUAUGUACAACAAAAGAACAAUUGGCUAACUUGCAUAGAAAAAGUCCGCUAGCUUAAAUGCUAUAAAAUUCUAACAUUUUUUUUUUUUUUUUUUUUUACAAUCCUCUUAACAAUUGGUUCAGACAAAUUCCCACAAAAAAUGGCUAAAUAUACA